UAAAAGAAAGCUAUUUGUGAGUUAAUUUUUUUUAUUAUUUUUAUUUGUUUUUUUUAUUCUACGUUGUUAUUUUUUUUCUUUAAAUUGUCACUGUCUAUUAAUAUUUGAAGAAAAAAAUUUUUUAGAAAAAAAAAUAAUAAUAAUCAGAUCGUGGUUGCCAAAAGACAUCGGUAAAGUUGGUUACUAACAUAAGGGUUAAAGCAAGAAAAUUUGUUCACGUGAAACUUGCAAAUUCAAGAAUACUACUGCAUUAGAGAUCCAGUGUGCAGGGUAAGCUAUGUAAAAGAGAUUGAAAUACAAGUAAUGCAUCAGCUUAGAGCUUGUUAUACUUUUUGUGCACACCAGAAUUAGCCAGAGAUACCAGGAAAGGAUGUAAAUUAAUAAUAUUUCACGUUCAUGCCAAAAAUAGACGCCAUAACUUUAAAAAUUAUGGAACCAUGUUUUAUCCACUGUCAUAUAACGACGCAUAUUUCUUGGUUUACAAUUUGGAAAAGCUCCAAUCACAGUUUAGAAACAAUUUCUUGUUGUUAAUUGUUUGUAAACUUUUGAAGAUGAGGUGCAACUACAAAACAUUUAUUUAAUUACAUAGGCACCAUCUCAUAGAAACGAUUCAAACUUUUCUAAGCGCAGCACUCUCCUCAACGCCAAGGUCGCUUGUCUAUCAGUUUCGAAAAUAAAACUAUAAUAAUAUAUUUUACAUCACAUUUUAAAUAAAAAGUUCCACCAAUCUCCAAGUGGCAAACAUUCAGGUAAGGCUGCUCUCGAAACCACCAGUUACAUAACUGUAAGAUGUGCUUCUACAAAAUAACAAAAGCGACAAUUGAAGGGAUAAUAACGGCUGGCAGUAAGCCAUAAAACGUUCUACUAAAAGACAGUAAAAUAAUGAUAACCACAAGCAAUUGGCAAUGAUUCUGUGAAUAAGUCAAUAGCAAACAUACAAAAAGGAUGUGUUUAAUGUUAAAUGACGAAAAAUUUACAAAAUUCCCAUAAAAGAAACAAAGGAACACAAAGUACAACAAACUAAAACUAGUAAAAUGCAAAGGACGUGAUAAUGACAACAAAACAUUAUCAUUUUCAGGCCCUUUAAAACGUUGAAGUAGAACAUUUCUUAUUGCUUUGUAAAUUUUGUUUGAUAAACUGCAAGCCAUAUUUUCUAAUCCAUCAAUCUCAAUUUACGGAUUCCAUGACAAUUUUUUUUCUGAAAAUUAAACAAACUCGAGUCAUAUUACAUUUAUUUCAUCUAUGGUAAACACAAAUUUUUGCUGUGACAAGCAAUGGAAAUUCAAUAAAAUGUGUACUAAUAUGAAGUGAAAAGCUGAAACAGAAAAGCACACAUAAAAAUAAAUAAAAACGGAAAAAAUGACAGACAAAUACACAAAGCGCACUAAAAUAUAAAGUAUAAAAAUAAGCAAGUGUAAAAACGCUACAAAACUCACCGAUUUUUCAUAUAUAAGCUAUUGGCGAAUGAAAAAUAUAGAGGUUUCCACCGUGUUUUUCUUUAAGCUCCCUAAACACCGCAAAACGAGCUUUAAGUGAAUUAAAUAAGAGUAAAUUACAGCUACACAAUGAGCGCAAUGGUGAGCAAAGCAAGUCAACGAAGCUUUAACGCCUAAGGAAGAUAGACCACGAAAACUAAAAAAAAAAGUUUAAAUGGUAUUUGUAAAUUAUUUUUGCCACGUGCGAUCUGGAAAUUAGAACGGCAGCUGCGACAGAUCUCUUCUGUAGUGAAGUUUCAUUAGUGUUACAGCUGGAAAGGAGAGUAGUCUCGAUGUCAUAAGACUCGCGCUUUAUAUACGGUAUAAAUGUGGGAAUAUAGCCGUCAGUUAUAUUUGGUUUCCAGCUAAUACAUUGGUGGGCGCGGAUUUUGAUUAUGAAGAAUUCAGAGCCACGCAAUAACUUUCAGCUACUUAAGCUAACAGCAAAGUUUAGAAUAGGAACCGCAGUUCCAUCUAUCAAAGCCGCUAAAUUAAAAGCAGUAUGAAUUGGCGCGCGGACGGCACAUGCAACACGAACAAAGCACAAGACAACACUGUUGGCGGUAUGCAAGGAUACGACGAAUAAUGGCGUUACGAAGGCUACUGUCGGUGCCGUCAACGAUGAAAUACGAGUGUAAUGCGUUAUGGCGAUGGAGGAGUAAAGUGAAGUUGUCUUCAUUGGUCGCCUAACCGAAUGCUAAAUUUAACCUUCCUGCUGUUUUGGCACUGCCAAGCAACUUGCAAGCAAAGCGCCAAGCACAACGCCAAGCAGUCGACUCUUAGUCUUCAUGUAGAAAUAUACAGAUUCAUUUUCGGACGGAUGUCAAUAGAUAUUAUAUAUACGAUUGAAAACGGAAAGUGACAUACAAAGAUUUCUGCAAAGAAUUUAUGUGUUGAAUUAAUCGUGGAGAUAAAAAACAAACAAAUAUUUAAUAGUUUUCAUAAUGGCUAAUGCGCCGAUCAGCAAAAUGCAUUUAGAAUCUGUCGAUAGAAUUGUCAGCAUUCCAUUGGUCGAGACAAGUUUUAAGCGUAUCGAGGAUCUUUAUGGCAGAGUUAAACACAAUAACCGGCUAUUUAAUUGGUAUUUUGAAACCGCCGAAUCUACAAUUUUCGCCGCCUAUGAGUCUGUGCAACCGGCAGUCAAACUUUUCGAAGCGCCUCUAAAGCAUCUGGAUGGCGUUAUGUGUAAAAGUUUGGACUUAUUAGAACAGCGUAUACCACUCGUUUAUUUGCCACCAGAAAUGAUGUAUUGGAAUACAAAGGAGUACAUGUCGGACCAUCUUGUGCGGCCGGUGUUGAAGCGCGCCGAUUCAGUCAAACAGAUCGGCAGCACUGUAUUGGAAAGUUCACUAACGGCAUAUGCAGCGGAACGGCUGGACGAAGCCUUCACAGUUGGGGACAAAUUCGUAGAUAAAUACUUAGUGCCUCUACCAGGCGAUCAAACGGAUGCACCAGCCGAUGAAGAUAAGAGUACUGUGGUUGAAAACGAGAAAGGCGCCAUUAAGGCAAUACAUCACGGUCAACGAUUCUCACGCAAGCUUAAACGUCGCCUAACCCAGCGCACCCUCGCCGAAGCAAGAGCAUUAAAGAAACAAAGCAGGGAAGCCAUUAAUAUACUUAUCUAUGCAGCCGAGUUGAUAGCUACGGAUCCAAAGUUGGCUCUACAAAAAGCCAAAGAACUUUGGGACUAUCUGAGUGAAGACGAGCCAGAAAACCAAGCCAGACCAGUGAGUCUCGAACAGUUAAUUGUCUUAUUGACACGGGAGUCAGCUCGACGUUUAGUGCAUCUGGUGAAUUUUAGUGCACACAUCGCUUCGAACUUCCCAAAAAAGUUGUCUCACACCACCACUGAGGUCGUUCAUCACAUUAUAAUUUUUAACAACCGCAUUAUUAGCAUUACGAAGUUGGAUAAGGUUAAAAAUAUGUCCAAGCAUGAAGCUGAAUCAAUAAUUAAGCGCGCCUUGACCUUCUAUGGUGGUCUUCAAAUCAUCACUAAUAGCUAUUUGGAACGCUUAGCCACUUUUCUCUCUGGUCGCAUAGAGGCGGAAAAGGUAACUGUCACUGCUAUCGCAUCCAACGCAUCCUCGUCCAACGCAAGGCGACGAAUCGAACCACAGGACAAUAACGUCCCUGUUCCACAUAUAAAUGGCGUCUACUGAGAAAUAGAAUUUGUUAUUGCUGUCGUAUUUUUAUUUAUAAUCAUCGACUUUUAUUUUUGCUUUCAUAUUCGUACUAAUACAUAAGGUAACGUUCCGUAAAAUAAAUGAGGUGUCUUAAUAAAACUAAGUGCACAUGCCACAUGCGUAUUCCAAAGUGUGCAAAUUCUAUUUCAA